AUGGAGAAAAUCGUUGAAUCUCGGAGGUUGAAGCACAAAGACCUCGAAAACAGGAUACGUGCCAUGCGCAAGAAAUCAAAAGAGAUGUCUGCAAUCGCCAUUACCGACCUAGAACCGAGUGAGAUUCCCCAUCACUUUAACCUCACUCACUGUCUGCCAACCGAGUUGGAAUUUUCUCCUCGCAAGACUCUAAAAGUCUCUCUCCCUCCUCACCUGAAUCCUGUCCUCAUAGAUUACGGCAUAGCAACCUGUGGCUCACCAAUAAACGAGACCCUGAUACGAUCCCGCAUUAAUGUGGUUAUCCUGACAAUUCUAGCUAAGAUGAAGCGCGAGUUUCCUGCAGAGUCCCGUACACCUGUUGCCUCCUACACAUCACUCAAAACUCUUCACCUGAAAUUUGAUCGCGAAACAGAAUUCAUCUGGAAGAGUGGUGACCGACGGGUGAAACUCUCCGGUACCGUUGACUACUCGCUUUGGUAUGGCAUGUCUGAUGACUAUUCCACUAACAUGGUCAUCAUCGAGGCGAGGCAACCAGACUUGAUUAAGCAUGGCGUGUUUCAAUGUCUCGCCUACAUGGCGAUGGUCCAUGAGACGAGGAAGCGGGCUAAGAUUAUAGACACGUCAGUGUAUGGAAUUGUAACAGACAGUUUCGAGUGGGUGUUUAUCCGGAUUCGUCCAAAUGGCGAGUGGACUAAGAAGGCUUACCACUGGGUGCACAAUGCGCAAGAUAUUGUCUCGAUGUUGACAAAUAUUUUCGCCCAUGCUGCGACUAGCCACAAAUGGUGGAAUCUUGGGAUUGAAGCGGAGGUCUCAGCCUCGUUGGAGCAGGCCAGGUUAAAGCCCAAGCCUAAGCGAGAUAGGAGGCGCAGCAUCUAG